UGAAUGCUUGGAUUACCGCCGCCACGGCACGGGCUUUUAUAUGAAAUAUGAGUAAACACUUCAACGUGUGGUGUUAUUGGAUUAUCAUAUCAUCGACAAGGGCAACUAUGAGGUAUGCAUGGCACGGCAUAUACGGUCAUGGCUUAAGAUACUUUUUCUCAGCAAUAAAGUCUCUGCACAUGUGAAAUUUUUUGACAAUGUGUGCGGUCAAUAUGGAACGGCUGUUUAGACUGCUUCGGGGAGUAUAGAAACUACUACGAUAUUGCGGGAUUCAAACCACUAUAUAAGCCUAUCGGUCAAGUUGAGUUGUUGGUUAAUUCACUUAAUUGCAACUGGCUGUAUGAAGAAUCAAUCCUGAACACCAUUCGGGCAAAUACAAGUUGUUCAUGGCAAGAGUUAGCGAUAUCUACGGUAGUUUAAAGAAAUCUGUGCCCGCUUCUCAACCGCCAAGGAGGAAAUACGACGCGUUUCAACAUCAGAGAAAGCUGGAAAUGUACAUUCGUUGCACAGAAUUAUGUCAAGUCGAUCAGUUUAGCAAGAGCGACCCUCUGUGUGUUUUGUUCAUGAAGAAUAUGGGUCAAUGGUGUGAGUACGGUAGGACCGAAUCGAUUCCCAAUAAUCUUAAUCCGAGGUUUUGCCAAAGCAUCGGACUUGAAGUAGGAGGUGCCGAUACAUUACCAAUAAAACUAACCGUUUACGAUUUGGCUAAUUUCACCAGCAAGGACUUACGAAAACACGACGUCAUCGGCUCGGUGGAACUAGAUCUCAGGAACGUGCUUGAAGUAGAGCGUCCAUUUGUCGGCGAACUACGGAUGCCGGGUGACACGAAGGCACGAGGAUACAUUUAUGUGUAUUUUAAGGAUAUCAAAGACACGAAAAGCAAACUGACGUUCCAGGUUAAGGGGGCAAAGCUUACGAAAAGGGGGAUGUUUGCAAAGUGUAACGCGUAUUUUGAGGUUUGUCGUAAGAUUCAAGAAGGCACUAACGAAGAAUUUCAUCCGGUGUACAGAUCACAGAUUGUGGCCCGCAGCCAGGAACCAAGAUGGCAACCAGCUGACAUACCACUCCACAAGCUAUGUGAUGAUGUUGACAACGACGCAAGCAUUCUUCUCCAAUGUUGGCAUUUUAUUCAAGAUGGCGGAGACGAACUCAUUGGAGAAGCUCACUGCUCGAUAAAUGAUCUUUUAAAACAAGACCAGAAAGUCGUUCAGCUUUACUCACAACAGCAGAUCAAGUCGAAGCGGCCAAAGUCGUCUGGAAGUCUGAAAAUAUUGCAAUGCUGUCUGGAGCGACAAUAUAAUGUACUGGAUUUCAUUCGUGGGGGAUGCGAUAUGAAAUUUGUUUGUGCGAUUGACUUCACUCUGUCAAAUGGAAGACCCAAAGAUAACUACUCGUUGCACAGUAUGCUGAGUGAACAUAACGAAUAUCUAGAGGCGCUACGGUCGCUCGGUUCAGUCCUCUCGUACUACUGUGUGGACAAACGACAUCCUGUGUUUGGAUUCGGUGCGAGGUUGCCUGAUGAAGAUGUCAUCUCUCAUUGCUUCUCCCUGAACGGAAAUGAGAAUUCACCACAGAUUCACGACCUAGAGGAAAUCAUCGAUGCGUACCUACGUCGUAUUUCAACUCUUACGUUCGCCGGACCAACAUUCUUAGCGCCGGUCUUUCGUCGCAUUUUACGUGAUCACGUGCCUGUCUCGAAUCAGUCCUCUCAAUGUUACGUCACGGUCCUAAUAUUGUUGGAUGGAAUUGUGAAUGAUUUAGAUGAGCUACUGCCAGAGGUCCGGAAAGCUAAGGAGCUGCCACUGUCAAUCGUGAUUGCCGGAGUUGGACCAGGCAACUUUCAUUCGAUGAAGGAUAUUUGUAGCAACAAGAAGAACGAAGCAAGAUGGAAUCUUCAUUUUGUGGCAGUGAGAUCAAAUAACAGCAAAAAUAUUUCGCAAGGAAAGGUGCGGGACAUCAGUGCACAGGUGUGCCGGGAUUUGAUUGCGUAUAUGAAAUUGAAGAACAUCCAUCCUAACCCAGAGAAGACUGUAAAGAUGAAGCCCCUUUACGAGUCGCUUGAUCUCGAGUCCACAGCCGACAGAAAAACAUUGGCGAAGUCGUUGUCACAGAUAAACGAUAUUAAAUCAUGCUGCCCUUCCUGCGGCUCUAACAUUACCAAAGUGUUCCCUGCUAUGUAGGGAUGAUUUAAGGCUGGCUUCCAGUCCUUCAUUAUCCUCCAGUGCAUGCUUAUCGGGCAGAAAAGUAUAUUUCAACAAAAAACUAAUUUUGUUCUUUACAAUAAAGAAACCAUAAUGUUCGAUCCAGUCUGGAGGAUAGUUUUCCUGACUGGAAACCAGAAUUUAGCAACACUUCAGUUAGUAUGAUUUAGACCGAUAUAUUUAUUAACUUUGCUAUCGUUGCAAUGGCUACCUGUGAAAGGUUGAAAGAAAAGAAAACGUUGAAAAUGCCUACCUGUACAGUUGUCAACGAUCAAUUCAUUGUUAUAGAAAUACCAUGCAUACUCUCUGUCUACUAGCUAUAUUCCCUGUCCAAAUAGUUAUUGUCACUACAACGAAACGACUGCAUGUGAUCGAUUCAAGGCCGCAUGAACUGAAUUUAAUUAGGUUGAAUAAUUAUGAUCCGUUAAAUGCCUAUAGGAAGAGUUGAGCCAAUUCUAAAGUAAAAAGUAAAUUUAUAUACAUUAAAUAGUAUAGAAAAGUUUUAUACAUAGAAAAUAUUUGCAAAUUAAGACCAUUGCCCAACUUGCUAUGGUAAUUAUAUCAGUUCUAGAAAUGAAGAAUGUACAUAAUAACCUUUGCAAGUUGUGCAAUGUUUGUUUUUGGUUUUUCAACAUAACAAACGAGGUUGUUGAAUAGUUUGAUUUGCAAAACAUUGCAUCUUCGUAAAAAUGUUUGAAGAAUAGUUCAGACAUUUUGAUUCAGUUCUUGCAUUCAGUGGGCGAACAGGGACUAAACGUUAAAAUAUUUAGCUUCAAAGUCAAAGAUAGGAUCAGGUUAUCGCUUCACGAUAACUGGUUCAGCAUAGAACAUUUUUUCGAUUCUGUCCAGCUGCAAAGGUGAUGUAGCAACUGUGCAAGUUGAUUUCAUUAUGCCUCAGUGGAACUCUGGCAACGAAAUUUGUCCAUUUCUAAUUUUUAAAAGCCAUGUUUACACAGGCAAGUUUUUUCAGACAUGUAAUAAA